UAAUAUGGCGUCAAGCUGUCAGCUUUCGAUUUCUCUCUUGGGCGAAUCUUACAUUAAGAAUCAUCUAGCUGCUUAUACUUAAAGCUAUACUCUAGUUUUCUAAUAACAGCUUCAUUUAUUAAUUGUAAUUGACGUAUUCCGGUGUAAAAUAAUUAAAUCAAGUUAAAAUUGACUUGCUUUCCGACUUGUUUUUCGUACAAGUUGGAAAGGCGUCAAAUGAAGCUUUAAUAUGAUUUAAGUACCAGAAAUGAUUGGCGCCAAGCUGUCAGCUUUUGAAUUCUCUCUUGGGUGGCGGGCCCUCUCUUGUUAUGUGGUCUGUUGGCGGUGUCAAAUCUCAUUAAGUUUAGCACAUGAAGCGCGCUUGAGCGAGCUUUUCCGUUUUCCGCUUUUCCUCGUUCUUGAGCGUUUUUUGGCUCUUGAAAAAUUGUGUGCGCUGGAUAAAUUGUCAAAUGCGCGUAUAGAGGCAAGACGCGACUUGUCUGUGGAAAAACUUUGCUUAUCGAUUACGCACGUAACACUUGCCUUCAGCUAUUGCCGUGAAAAUUCCAAAUAAAUGUGCUAACAAUAUUGCUGCUAAAGGAAAAUAACAAGGAUGAUGCUGUAGUCGUGAAGCGCAGCAACGCACAAAAGCACAGUUGAAACAAAAGAGCUGCAGGGCAGGAAGUGUCAGGAAACAGGAAGCGGGCAUAAUAGCACACAGACACUGUCAGGGUUGAGUGCGCCUACAAAUGAAUCCCUAUAAUGCUGCGGUCGGUGGUGGUGGAGCGGCCAAUCCGUUUGGUACGCCCGGCUACGUUCAGCCCCAGCAGUCGAGCAUGGGCUAUGGCUACGAGGAGCAGCCAACGGCUGGCUAUGAUCAGGGCGGAGGAGCGGGCAUCGGCUUUGGACAGCAGCAGGCCCCUGGCUAUGGACCACCGGGCGCCAGGCCGCGUGUCGACGUUGAGGCCAGCGGCGAAGUGGAUCCCAACUUAUAUCCGGAGGCAAAGGAUUCAACGCACAAAGUGCGCGGCGCUUCGGGAGUCUUGGAAAUGUUCUUUGGCGGCACGGAGCAGGAGCUGAUACCGGUGAAGAGCUUUUACUUCUUCUUCUAUGCGGCGUUCGGCUCGCUGUUCCCGCUGAUGGGCGUCUAUUUCAAGCAGAUGGGCAUGAAUCCCGGCCAGUGCGGCAUACUGGUUGGCAUGCGGCCCUUCGUCGAGUUCCUCUCGGCACCAUUCUGGGGCUCCUAUGCGGAUCGCUGUCGGCAGGGCAAAAAACUGCUGCUCGCCUCGCUCGCCUGCUGGGUGCUCUUCACCAUACCGUUGAGCUUCAUACGCCCAGAGGCCGUCAACUGCAUUGAGCGACGCAAUGCCACCGACUUUGUGCUCACCUAUACGCGCUCCAAGCGGGACACCUCAGCCAUGUACGAGCCGACUAGCCAGCUGGAGCACGAGCAGGCCGACUACGAUGACGAUAUGCUGGCUGAAGAGGCCAUCGAGCAGUCGGAUUCGGAGUCGCGGCACAGCAGACACAAGAGAUCGCUUCUGCUGCCACGCAUCGAUGCGGGCAUUUCGCCGGUGCACAUCAACUUCGUGAGCAACUACGAUGACAAGCACCAUCGGGAUUAUGUGACGCCCAUCUUCAGCUCCAUGGUGUACCGCACGCCAGACAUUCAGAAGGCAUUCUUUCUGCUGCUGUUGGUCAUCCUGAUUGGUGAGUUCUUUAGUGCUCCGGCCAUAACAUUGGCCGACUCGGCGGUCAUAACGCUGCUCGGCGAGGAUGCGGAUAAGUAUGGACAUCAGCGCAUGUUCGGCUCGCUUGGCUGGGGAAUUUCAAUGUUUUUGGUGGGCAUCGCCCUGGAUCACUCCACCUCGUUCUCGAAUCAUCCGUGCGGCGCCGGCAACAAGGAGAAGAACUAUAAUAUUUGCUUUUCAAUUUUCUCGGUGCUGAUGACCUGCGCCAUUAUCUCGGCCUCAAAGAUCACCUUCAAGUACGAGCCCAUCGAUGAGAGCCAGCAGCAGGCUUCCGCCCAGUUCGUGGAUCCCAACAAAAAGGCCGAGGAGGAGUCGAUGAACCAGCUAGCCGCCCAGCUCAAUUUACCAUCACUGGCAGUGGGUAGCGGCAGCGCCGCUUCAGGUGCCUGCGCUGGCGGCGUCAGCAGCUUCAGUGCUGCCGGCCAUCAGCCGCAGCCGCACAUUGGGGCCGAGUCCAAGGUGUUUGCACAGACGGCCAAGGAGCUGCCCGAGUGGGUGACAGUGCUAACACAUUUCAAGGAUCUGAAGACCGCCUCGUUUCUGUUUGUCGCCUGGUUUAUGGGCUUCGGCAUUGGCCUGAUCUUCACUUUUCUGUUCUGGCAUUUGCAAGACUAUGGCGGCACGCCCACGCUUUUCGGCGUCGCCUCCGUCAUCAAUCACGUGUCCGAGAUCUUUGCCUACUUCUUCAGCUUUCGCCUGAUCACUCAGAUUGGGCAUGUCAAGGUGCUCUGCCUGGGCCUGAUCGGCAAUGUAUUGCGCUUUCUGUACAUCUCGUAUCUGACCAAUCCAUGGAUGGUGUUGCCCUUCGAACUGAUGCAGGGCAUCACACACGCCGCCGUUUGGGCCGCCUCGUGCUCCUACAUUGCCCACAACACGCCCAAGCAUCUGCGCGCCUCGUCGCAGGGCGUGCUCCAGGGCAUCCAUCAUGGCUUAGGUCGCGGCUGCGGUGCCAUCAUUGGUGGCAUGUUUGUCACCUACUACGGUACUACUGCUACCUUCCGUUGGUAUGGUAUCGCUUGUCUCUUCGUGCUCGGCCUGUUCAUCUUCAUCAACUUCUACCGCAAGGAGCAGGGCUUCAUAUCGGAAAUACCCGUCACCGAAGAUCCCCAUCAGGUGGCCGAAGAAACUUCUCAUUUGGCUCCACAUGGCGUGCCCAGCAAUCCCAUACCACGGGCUCUGUCCAACACGCGAUUGAACGAGAUGAAUCCCAAUGGAGGACCGUAUGGCACCUAUCAGACCACAGGCGGCAACCUGGACAUACCCGGUGCCAGUCCACACAAUCCUUUCGCACAGUAAACCCAUGUGACUUCCCCCAGUUAACAAACAGUCCUCGCAUACAAAAACGACAUCAUAGAACAAGUAAGAGUGCUCUAGUCGGUAGUGACUGACUAGAAGAUACCCUGUACCCAGCAUCGAGAUGCCGUAGCAAAUAUACGAGCUUCCUUUUAAAUUAUUAUAUGUAAAUUCUACUUUUAGCCCCGCACCAUGAUAUAUUCAUUCUCCAAUAACUUCUGUGCUUACAGUCCGAUCUUUAUAAUAAUUUUAAACAUGGGUAUAUACCAAAGGCUAUACCUUCAAAUAUCGGCUAUUUUAUACAUUUUGGUAAAGCAGGUAUUCUGAACUGUGUAUUCUAUAGCAGAGCCUAUAUAUUACAUUUGUGUAUAAGCUCCGUCUAUACAUAUAAAUCCGAAUAUCUAUUAUAAUAGAUAUCGUGUAAAACAGUGUCAGCUAUCAAUGAUCUCAAAUAAAAUUGAUCAAAGUUCGUCUCCAGUUGCUGAGAUCGACGCGUUCAUAUAUAUGUAUAUAUAUAUAAUUCAAAAAUAUAUAUAAUUUAUGGGGUCUGCCUGUUACAUACGUCUGCACAAAAUCAUAGGACCCUUGACUGUCGAUGGGUAUAGGGUAUAAAAGGAAAUACACACAUGCACCACAUAGUCAUGGACAGCAGCACAGAAUGAACAAUAUAUAACCGAAAACAUAUCUUGGACAUUGGCCUGCAAUAUUAAUUGCCAAAUACAUUGCUUUAUUAUGGGUUUUGGUGCUUAUAAAUAACAAAUAUGCCAUAUUAACGAAUAACACAAACCAAAAGAUGAAUAAAUAUAUUUUAUAUUGGAGGUUCAUAUACAUAAAGCAAUACAUUUGCUUUCAUAGCGCUAAUUAAACUAAUAACAAGUGAAUACUAUUUAUUUAUUAACUGUUUACCGUUGCCAUUAGUUACAGCUAUUUGCAUAAGUGUUUAUAUAGCUUAUCUAGAUCAAAGUUAGAUAAAUAACAACAUUUUGUUUAUUUUAUGGAAAGCAAUUCAAACGAAUUUUGCUUGGCACAUUAAUUAUUGGGCUAAUCUAAAAUAUUCAUAAGCAUUUUAUAUAUAAUUUGCAUCGCAAUCAUAUCACAUGAAAGCAGAGAUAUUUAAAGGAUCACCAAAGCCACAGCACAUAGUCCUAGAGGAACCAAUGAAAAUGAAUGGCACACAUCCACAGGAAAAACAUAACUAAAUGGAAAUUACACAUAAAGUACCUAUAAUAGAAAGGAAAAGAUAGCAAGCGUAGACAAAAAGAUUUACCAAAUCAAUAAAAUGUCAAUCUUUAAAAGUAAUAUGAUUUUACAAGACACAACAUGGCAGAUGAUUCAAUUUGAUGUUUAUUUAUUUUGUAUAUUAUUUGUUAUCAUUAUUUAGAAAGUUUUAAAAGCUUCAGAAGGAUUUAUAUUAUUUUUUUUAAUAUUUAUUGAGAUUUUAAUAAAAUAAUUUGAAAUCCUGUUAGUUUCUCGUUAACAUUGAAUUAAUUUCUCAGGUUAACAUAAAAGCGAAUUCUACAAGCAAAGAUGUUAUGCUACAAUAUAAAUACGUAUGUUGUUGGAUUGAAUAAUAUAUUUGAGCUAAAAAAAAAAAAACUAUAAAAAAUGAGAAAAGAACUUAAAUAAAUAUAGAAAAUCUAGAGAGGAAACAAAUGCUGUAACGAAUGAUAUUAUGAAAAUCCGCCUCAUUACAAUCAACUGUUGAAUAUGUUAAUUUAACAGAUGCUCUUUAGUACUUAUGUAAAAGUACAUAGCGUAUGUGUAUACUAUACAUAUUUGUAUGUAUACGACUAUAAAUGGCUAUUUUGAAAUACAUGUCUAAUGAAAAAUAAAAUGAAAAAAAAAGAGAGAAGCAAAUACGAAAAUGGUGUCUAGUUAAAUAUGCAGGAAUGUACCUAAGAUAUAAAUUUUGAUUUAACCGGGCUGGUUCUAUUUACUUGAUAUUAAUAUGUAAACAAUUACUCUAUAUACAUAUAUACACAUACCUAUACAUAACUAAGCAAAAAACUAUAUUAAUUACUUAUCGUUAACGGAUUCAACUUGUAUUAGAUAUUGUUAAUAAUAUUCAAUGGAUAUGUUUCAAGGACUUUUUCAAAUUAUUAUUAUGCCUAGCUCUUAUGUACAGCACAUUUAUGAAUCUUUGGGCUAUUUAUAAACAAAUUAUUGCAUAAUUUCAAAUAAUUAUGCACACGUGCACUUAACUUAUGUUGAUGAUGAGCCACAAUUUAACCAAUGGCUCUAUAUACCUAUAUAUACACACAUACAUGCAUAAAUGUACAAGUAUUAUACACGAAGCGCAUCCCAUUAAAUGAAAUACAUGCAACACAUACAAAUGUACUACAUACUACACAAGUAAAAAACAAAUGGAAUC